AUGCCAAGAGCAGAACAAACUUUUAAUGGAACUUCUCAUGGGAAAACAAACAGCACUCCCCCUAAUGUCUCCGAAAGUGGAACAACCAAUAACACAGUCCAUCUUUUGUCAGAAAGCUCUUCAAAAAGAUACGAUGGUGUCACCACUACAGAAGCAGAGAAACAGAAGACGGAAAAAGUGGGCUUUUUACAACUGUAUCGAUUUGCGGACAAGUGGGAUUAUCUUCUGAUAGCGGGCGGACUUCUUGGUGCUUUGGGCAACGGAGCGUCCUGGCCAGUCCUUAUCGUGCUGUUUGCAGACACCGUGCAAGAGUUUGUCAACCAGGGAAAGUUUGAGGAGCUGCUGGACAAGAUUCCUGACCACCUCUGGUAUGUGCUCAACACGACACGGAGUGACGCCCGACUGGACAUUGAGAUCUUUGGGCCGCUCUGUCGUCUGAUUACAAAUGUUUCCGACGUGUCAGUUGACUGCAGUUUCCUAGAAGAUGCCGACAACGUCUUUGAUAAAAUGGAGGAUCAGGCCAUCAUUUUUACAGUGGGAGGUGUGAUACUGAUCGCCUGCUCCUUCUCUCAAAUCUAUUUCUUCAUUGUGGCAUCAGAGAGACAAGUGAUGAAGAUACGGUUGGCAUUCUACCACAAUGUCCUGAGGCAAGAGAUGGCUUGGUUUGACAAACACAGUCCCGGGGAUUUAGCGGUCAAACUGACUGACGAUAUCUCCAAGAUCCAUGACGCCAUUGGGGAUAAGGCAGCGACCUCUAUCCAAUACCUGACCGUGGGUAUCGCUGGGCUAGUUGUUUGCUACAUUAAUGGAUGGGAACUUACCCUCGUUCUCCAAGUUGGGGCGCCGCUUUUGUGCAUUGCCUUCGCCACCAUGGGCUAUAUAAUCGCCACUAUGACUGCCAAAGAGAGGAAAGCUUAUGCAAUAGCUGGUAAAAUUGCCGAAGAAGUUUUCUCUUCAAUACGAACUGUGCAAGCCUUUCAUGGUCAGGAGAAGGAAACCAAAAGGUACGUUGAUAAUUUGUUUGAGGUCCAAAAGUUUGGGAUUAAAAAGAGCCUCAUUGGAGGCGUCGCUCAAGGAGUCUCUUGGUGCAUCAUCUUCUGCGACUACGCCAUCGGUUUUUGGUACGGUGGGCGGCUUGUCAGACACGGCGACUACACUGUCAAGGAAAUGAUGACGAUAUUUUUUGGUGUUUUUCUGGCGUCGGCAGCUCUUGGAUUGGCGGCACCAGGCUUAGUGGCGAUCAAUGUAGGUCGAGGUGCCGCUAGUGGAGUUUUCGAGAUCAUAGACAAGAAGUCCACCAUUGACAGCUCGUCCACAGAUGGAGUUCAGCCCGAAACAUUGACCGGGCGCAUACAGUUUAAAAAUGUUCAUUUCAACUAUCCAAGUCGGCCAAAUGUUAAGAUUUUGAGCGGCCUUGACCUAACAGUAAACCCAGGACAAACAGUGGCGCUGGUGGGUGCUAGUGGCUGUGGCAAAAGUACGGUGAUUCAACUUUUAAUGAGAUUCUACGAACCAACAAUGGGCAAGGUCUGCCUGGACGGGGUCGACCUGAGAGAUAUCAACAUUAAAUGGCUCCGUAAAAACAUCGGUCUAGUGGGCCAGGAGCCUGUCCUCUUCGGGAAAUCUAUUCUGGAGAACAUCCGAUACGGUCGGGAUGGGGCCACCAUGGAGGAAGUGGCCAAAGCCUGCAAAGAUGCCAAUGCGUAUGACUUCAUCAUGAAGAUGCCAGAGCAAUUCGAGACUCACGUUGGGGAAAGAGGCGCUCAGCUGAGCGGUGGUCAAAAGCAGAGAAUAGCCAUUGCUAGAGCACUUAUCAAGAAACCAAGAAUUUUAUUGCUGGACGAGGCCACGUCAGCGCUGGACAAUACAAGCGAGGCUAUUGUACAGGACGCUUUAGACAGAGCCAGCAAAGGGAGGACAACCAUCAUCAUUGCUCAUCGCCUUUCCACCAUCAAGAACGCUGACAUAAUAAUUGUUCUUGACAAAGGAAGUGUGGCAGAGAAAGGCACUCACGAUGAACUGAUGUCAAAACGGGGCCUCUACUAUAAUCUAGUAUCCAGUCAGCUUAAACAACAUAAAAUUGACAACAUCAGCGGACAUGAAGUCCAUGAAGGGCAACAUACAGUACUCGAUACCAGAAGCAAGCCAACUGAAGAUUCUACGGAAGAAAACGUACUGUUAAUGGAGAGUUUGGUGUCCAGCGAGCUUGAACCAACGGCCACUACUGUCCAAACUGUGACAAGACUUCUGAAGAUGAACGCCAAGGAGUGGCACUUCAUUACUCUGGGAUGUAUAGCCAGUUUCUUUUGUGGGGCCAUCCAGCCGGCGUGGUCAGUUGUCCUGGGAGAUGCUCUUGAUUCAUUUUCUUAUGAAGACAAAGAAAGACAGAAAGAUGUGAUGGAGGAUACAUCUAACUACGCCUAUUGCAUGGCGGCGGCCAACUUGGUUUCCUAUUUUCUGCAGGACUAUAUGUUUGGAAUAUCUGGUGAAGCCCUGACUCUCAGAAUGAGGCAGAUGUUGUUUAAGGCAAUACUCCGUCAGAAAAUAAGCUGGUUUGAUGACCACAGACACGAGACAGGGAUAUUGAGCACCCAGCUGGCAGUAGAGACAUCAGUAGUACAGGGGGCUGUGAAAGUUCUAGUCGGCUGUCUUCUGUUGAGUAUCGGUAACUUGGGAACAAGUUUGGUGCUGUCAUUUAUCUAUGGCUGGCAGUUGUCACUGGCCCUGCUGGGAUUUAUGCCAUUUUUGGUUUUAUCCUACUUCUUCAAUGUCCACAGCGGUCUGAUGUCAGUUCAAUUCCUCGGAGGGGCCGCCAAUGAUAACAAAGAAACUAUGGAAGAAAUGAGCAAGAAUGCCAUGGCCAGCAUUGACAACAUACGCACAGUAGCUGCCUUAACCAGAGAAGCCACUUUCUUCAACAACUUCAGGGACACUAUGAUGCGGCCUUUUCGUAAGAACAUGCUGAGGUCAACAGCAGCUGCGGCAGCCUAUGGUGUUUCCAACGGCAUGUACUAUAUAUCCUUUGCUGUCUCUUUCUACUACGGCUCCAGGCUGCUUCGAGACGAAGAUAUGGGCUUUGAUGAUAUCAUCAAAGUGUUUGGUUGUAUGGUGUUGAGUUCCAUGACUUUUGGAAGGACUGUAGCUAUGGCUCCAGCUCUAAAUGACGCCAUCAAGGCAGCCAGGAGGAUAUUUGCUCUGCACGACUACGUACCGGACAUUGACCCUUACUCCCAGGAUGGACUUAAACUUGCUGAGUUCAAGAGUUCAGUUCGGUUCUCAAAGACAUCUUUCCAUUACCCCAUGCGGCCGGAUGCUAAGAUACUCAACGGCCUUGACCUUACCGUGGAGCAAGGUCAGACGGUGGCCCUCGUUGGCGAAAGCGGCUGCGGCAAGAGUACCACCGUCCAGCUCAUUGAGCGAUUCUAUGACCCAGAGCGCGGCAGUCUGUUUCUGGACAAGUACGACAUCAAGGAUCUCAAUGUCCAGUGGCUAAGGUCACAAAUUGGUCUUGUCUCCCAAGAGCCCACUUUAUUUGACAUGAGUGUGGCGGAGAACAUUGCCUACGGAGACAACAGCAAGACAGUCAGCAUGGAGGAAAUCAUCACCGCAGCCCGCAAAGCCAACGUUCACAGCUUCAUUACGUCACUUCCUGAUGGCUACAACACCAUUGUUGGGAACAAAGGGACGCAACUCAGUGGCGGUCAGAAACAGAGGAUAGCCAUUGCUAGGGCGAUGGUCAGAAACCCUAAAAUAUUAUUACUUGAUGAGGCCACGUCUGCGCUGGAUGCGGAAAGUGAGAAGAUAGUCCAGGAGGCGCUAGAUAAAGCCAGGGCAGGAAGAACAUGUAUUACAAUAGCCCAUCGGCUCAGUACGGUCAAGGACGCUGACAAGAUCGCAGUCUUCAAGGGUGGAGUGGUCUCCGAGCUGGGAAGUCACGCCCAACUCAUGGCAACACACGGCGCUUAUUACGACUUGGUGCAAGCCCAGAGUAGGAAACAAAGCUGAAAUGUGCUUAUGAAGUUUUUACGUCAACA